GAUGCAACAUUCAGUAUUCACUUUCUGGCAAAACAACAGCUUUUGAUAUGAAGCUGAUUUUAGUCUUGUCAGUUAUAGCCUGUGGCUAUGCUGCAAAGUUAGACAGGACAUACUUGCCACCCGCAAGUGCUGCUAGUGCUGGAGGAAGUCCUGGGUCUCUGAAUACUCCAUUUGGUUCAGGUUCUGCUGGCCAAGGAUCAGGAGUAGGAACAUCUGGAUCAAGUGGUUUUGGUCAAACGGGAUCAUCUGCAUUCGGACAAGGAUCAAGGCCCUCGGGCGUGUCUGGAUUUGGUCAACCUUCAGGAGCUUCGGGCCAGAAUACAUUUGGUCGUCCUUCUGGAUCUGCCGGACAGUCUGGAUUCGGUCAGCAAUCUGGUGCAACAGACUUUGGUAAAUCAUCUGGAGCUUCACAAUACGGCCAGUCUUCUGGGGCUCCAGGUUUUGGACAGUCAGGACCUUCCGGUGCUGGAAUUAGCCAAUCUGGUAUUGGACAAACAGGCCAAGACUUUUCUGGACAGGCAUACCAACAGUCUGAACGUGCUCAAGCCGAUGCGGACAGAAACGCUGAAAUUUUAAGAUACGACAACCAAAACGACGGUGAAACCUUUUCCUACAGCUUCGAAACUUCCAAUGGCAUUUCUGCUGAAGAAUCUGGUGUAGCUACAAACGGUGUCCAGGCUCAAGGUGGUUUUUCGUAUACUGGCGAUGAUGGUGAAGUAUACAGGGUGACAUACACAGCUGAUGAGAACGGCUAUCAGCCUCAGGGUGACCAUCUUCCGACUUCUCCCCCAAUUCCCGAUGAGAUCCUGAGGUCUAUUGAAGAGAACGCCAGAGCCGCUGCCGCUGGUACACAAGAAGGCGCUUACCGUCCCGAAGAAUAUGAGUCUGAGCCUCAACAAUAUACUGGAUCUGCUGCAUAUAGCCAAGGACAAGCUGGCGCUCAAGGUGCUGGUUACCAGCGCCAAGGAUCUGGUCAAGGUCCAUCUCAGCAAUAUGGAGCUCCUGCAGGCUCUUCUUCUUCCGGUCAAUCUGGCAGCUCCUAUAGUCAGAAUCAAAGAACCCAAAGUCCUUCUCAACAAUAUGGUGCUCCUGGUGCUUCUUCGCAAUUCAACCAAGGAGCCGGACAACGCACAGGUGGCGCUUUUAACCAGGCUCAGGGAUCGCAAGGCAAUUUGCAACAAUUCGGCAGUUCUGGUGCAUCCCCAUCAGUGAAUCAGGGUCAAGGUCAGCGAACCGGUGGUGCCUUUAAUCAACCACAAGGAUCAGCUCAAGGGCCAUCUCAGCAAUACGGAGCUCCUAGCAGCGGACCUUCAUUCAACCAAGGACAGAGUGCUAGUCAGCGAAAUGGUGCUAUCAAUCAACGACAAGAAUCAGCUCAACGUCCAUCUCAACAAUACGCUGGGCGAAAUGGUGCUAUCAAUCAACGACAAGAAUCAGCUCAACGUCCAUCUCAACAAUAUGGAGCCCCUAGUAGCGGAUCUUCAUUCAACCAACGCCCAAGCGCUGGUCAGCAAAAUGGUGCUUUCAAUCAACGACAAGAAUCAGCUCAACGUCCAUCUCAACAAUAUGGAGCCCCUAACAGCGGAUCUUCAUUCAACCAACAGCAGAGCGCUGGUCAACAAAAUGGUGCUUUCAACCAACGACAAGAAUCAGCUCAACGUCCAUCUCAACAAUAUGGAGCUCCUAGCAGCGGAUCUUCAUUCAACCAAGCCCAGGCCACAGGUCAACGAGCUGGUACUAAUUUAAACCAACCUCAAGGCCAAGGUCAAGGCCCAUCUCAGCAAUAUGGCGCACCUAGCGCUUCUUCAGCUACAUCUGGCUCUGACAGACAAUUCGGCCAAUAUACUCAAGGAAGCCAAGGUAAUGCCCAGGGCCGUGGAUCUCAAAAUCAAGAUUCUGGAUACCAGUACAAUCGCCCACAGGGUGGUUCUCCAUUUGGUUCGAACCAAGGUCCUUCCAACACUCAAUUUAACAGACCCGGCCAAGGACAAGCUCAGUCUAAUAUCCCUGGUUCUAACAGCCAAGGAACUUUUGGAUCGCAGGGAACCACAAGCCAAGGACAGUUUGGAUCUAGGCCAUCUGGACAAUCUCUAGGAUCUACUUCAGGAUCUGUAGGUUCGUCUGGAAACCAAGGAUCGUUUGGAACCAGUUCCCGACCUGGACAAUCUUCUUCUAUUGGAACAGGACCUUCUCAGGGUUCAUUUGGAAACGCCGGCACGGGAAGCCAAUCUAGUGGAUCAAGACCAUCCGCAAUAGAUUCUGCUCCUUACCAAUAUAAUAAACCUGGAUCCCAAAGCCCUAACCAGGCUCUUCCUUCAGGGGGUUCAACUCAGGGUUCUUCCGGAAGACAAACCAGCUCGCAAUCCUCCAGUGCUCCAGCUGGACAACAAUUCGGAGGUCCUCGUCAACCACCAAGCUUCAGCCCUGAACAAGGAUACGUAUACUAAUACCAAAGUCAAUGAUAGUGAAAUUCUAGAUAGGUUUAUUAAAUGAGCA